UUUGACCAAAACCCUUCUUAAUUCAGUCUGUUCAAGCCAAGAGAGACUCUCAUAAACAGGUCAUGUUAAAAAGCAGAUCUGUGUAAACACCACACACUGAGAAAUUGAUUUCCUGUAAAUGGAGAGGAGGAGCAACACUGAGCUGGUGAUUCAGUCUCAUGAGAACAGGGAGGAACCCAGAAACUGAAAGUGUUUAGUCUGUUCAGACUCCAUUUUGAGUCAACAGAGCAGAAGAUAGUAAACUGAAGGUUGAGGCAGGAUUGACUAAAAUCCAGAUGAUGAGUGUUUGUGUGGAGGAAGAGGAGGACAGAGCAGAGUCUGCAGGAUCCAGCUGUUUGUCUAUGAAGAGUGACCGGUCCAAACAGGAACCUCCAUCCUUCAGUAAUGGACCUGGACCCUCAGACACAAAAGUUCAGUACAGACAAAGAGCAGAGUCUGCAGUAUCCAGCUGUCUGUCUAUGAAGAGUCACCGGUCCAAAAAUAAACCUCCAAACUUCAGUAAUGAACCUGGACCCUCAGACACAAAAGAGCGAAAGAGGAGUCGUGUUUCUGUGGAGGAGCAGCCGUCCUGCUGUGCUUUGUGUCAGGACGUCCUGAAGGAUCCAGGCUCUGCCAGCUGUGGACACUGGUUCUGCAGACAGUGCAUCACCUCAUACUGGGACCAGUCUGCUUCAUCAGGACACUCCUCCUGUCCCCAGUGUGGAAAAAGAUCCAGAACCAGAGCUGGACUGCAGACAGCCAGUCAGAGCAGCUCUGUACAAAGUAAGACUGAACAUCUGUCUGCUACUUUUUCAGGGCUGAGGUUAGUUCUGUUGUUCAGGGUGUCUUUUAGCAGUUGUGUCCUUAACUUCACUACCUCUCCUAACGAAACCCUCUCUUUCUUUGUUUUGUCUCACACUCUGUUCUCUUCUUUAGUGAGUGGUGGUCUGCAGGAGGUUUUAGAUGAACAUAAGAUCAGUCUGAGGAGGAGAUGUGAACGUGUGACUGAAGGAAGUGAUGAAACAGGAAGUGGAACCCUCCUCAACAGGAUCUACACUGAGCUCUACAUCACAGAGGGACAGAGUGAAGAGGUUAAUACCCAGCAUGAGGUGAGGCAGCUUGAGACCGCUUCCAAGAAGGAGACCCUCCAUGACACUCCAAUCAAGUGCCAGGACAUCUUUAAAGCCUUACCUGGCCAACAGAGAGCCAUCAGAGUGGUUCUGACCAACGGCGUCGCUGGCGUUGGAAAAACCUUCUCAGUGCAGAAGUUCACUCUGGACUGGGCAGAGGGCUCGGAAAACCAAGAUGUCAGUCUGCUGGUUCUGCUCUCGUUCAGGGAGCUGAACUUGAUCAAAGAUGAGCGGCACAGUCUCCUCACGCUGCUCCAUGUUUUCCAUCCAACAUUACAGAAGGUCCCAGCAGAGAAGCUCGCCGUCUGGAAACUGUUGUUCAUCUUUGACGGCCUGGAUGAAAGCAGACUUUCAUUGGAUUUCAACAACAAGAAGGUUGUGUCUGAUGUCACACAGAAGUCAUCAGUCAACCUGCUGCUGACAAACCUCAUCGAGGGGAAUCUGCUUCCCUCGGCUCUCGUCUGGAUAACUUCCCGACCUGCGGCGGCCAAUCAGAUCCCUCCUUCGUGUGUCGGCAGGGUAACAGAAGUACGAGGCUUCACUGACGCCCAGAAGGAGGAGUACUUCAGGAGGAGAGUCAGUGAUGAAGAGCUGUCCAGCAGAAUCAUCUCGCACAUCAAGUCCUCCAGGAGCCUCCACAUCAUGUGUCAGAUCCCAGUCUUCUGCUGGAUCACUGCUACAGUUCUGGAGCACAUGUUGACUACAGAGCAGAGAGGAGAGCUGCCCAAGACCCUGACUGACCUGUACUCACACUUCCUGCUGGUUCAGAUAAAGAGGAAGAAGCAGAAGUACGAUGAGGGACAUGAGACGAGUCCACAGGAGCUGACGGAGGCUGACGGGAAGGUUCUUCUGAAGCUGGGGAAGCUGGCAUUUGAACAUCUGGAGAAAGGAAACAUCAUGUUCUACCAAGAAGACCUGGAGCAGUGUGGUCUUGAUGUCACAGAGGCCUCGGUGUACUCAGGAGUUUGUACAGAGAUCUUCAAAAGAGAGAGUGUGAUCUUCCAGAAAACAGUCUACUGCUUUGUUCAUCUGAGCGUUCAGGAGUUUCUGGCUGCAGUCUACAUGUUCCACUGUCACACCAACAGGAAGAUGGAGGUACUGGAAGCUUUCCUGGGGAAAUACUACAGUGACUUGCCCCUGGAUGAAUUUCUGAGUGGAGGCAUGGAUAAAUCCCUGAGGAGUAAAAAUGGCCACCUGGACCUGUUUGUUCGCUUCCUUCAUGGCCUCUCUCUGGAGUCCAACCAGAGACUCUUAGGAGGCCUGCUGAGUCGGACAGACAACAGUACAGAAAGCAUCCAGAGAGCCAUCAACAACCUGAAGGAGAAGAGGACCAGUGCCUCUCCUGACAGAAGCAUCAACAUCUUCCACUGUCUGACGGAGAUGAACGACCACUCAGUACAUCAGGAGAUACAAGAGUUCCUGAAGUCAGAGAACAGAUUAGGGAAGAAACUCUCUGUGAUCCACUGCUCAGCUCUGGCCUACAUGCUGCAGAUGUCAGAAGAGGUUCUGGAUGAAUUUGUCUUGAAGAACUACAGCACAACAGAGGAGGGACGGCGGAGACUGAUCCCAGCAGUGAGGAACUGCAGAAAGGCUCGACUUUCUGGCUGUCAACUCUCAGAGACUCAAUAUGAGGUUGUAGCCUCAGCUCUGAAGUCCAAACCCUCCCAUCUGACAGAGCUGCAGCUGGACUCCAACAAACUACAGGAUUCAGGAGUGAAACUGCUGUCUGCUGGACUGGAUAGUCCACACUGUAGACUGGAGACGCUGAGUUUGAGGGGCUGCAGGUUGUCAGAGAUCAGCUGUGCUUCUCUGGCCUCUGCUCUGAAGUCCAACCCCUCCCAUCUGAGAGAGCUGGAGCUGAGUGACAACAAGCUGCAGGAUUCAGGAGUGAAGCUGCUGUCUGGUUUUCUGGAGAGUCCACAGUGUAGACUGGAGAGACUGAGAUUGAGGGGCUGCAGUUUGUCAGAGAUCAGCUGUUCUUCUUUGGCCUCAGCUCUGAAGUCCAACCCCUCCCAUCUGAGAGAGCUGGAUCUGACUGGAAACAACUUGCAGAACUCAGGAGUGAUGCUGCUGUCUGCUGGACUGGAGAGUUUACACUGUAGACUGGAGAUUUUGAGAUUGAGUCUCUGCAGUUUGUCAGAUAUCAGCAGUGCUUCUGUAGCCUCCGCUCUGAAGUCCAACCCCUCCCAUCUGAGAGAGCUGGACCUGAGUAACAACAAGCUGCAUUAUCCAGAAGUGAAGCUGCUGUGUAAAUUUCUGAAGAGUCCCCAUUGUAGACUGGAGACUCUGAGAUUGACAGACUGCAGUUUGUCAGAGAUCAGCUGUGCUUCUCUGGCCUCAGCUCUGAAGUCCAACCCCUCCCAUCUGAGAGAGUUGGAGCUGAGAGAAAACAACCUGCAGGAUUCACGAAUGAAGCUGCUCUGCGAUCUUGUGGAUAGUCCAGACUGUAGACUGGAGACUCUGAGCUGGAAGCGCAGGUGAUCUCUGUCAGAGAGCGAGGGAUGAGGAAGGUGGAGGUGUUGAGAGAGGAUCAGCUGCGUCCUGAUGAUCCAGAGAGGUUGAAGCAGCAGCAUCAGCUUGUGUGUGGAGAGGCUCUGACUGGGCCAUGUUACUGGGAGGUAGAGUGGAGAGGAGAGCUUCAUCCAGCAGUGACUGACAGAGGAAUCCCAACAGUGCUGCAGUCUGAACUGCUCUGAGAUCAGCUCCACUGUCACACACAAAGUCAAGUCCACCAUCAUCCCUGUGUGCAUAUUUGUUUGUUGUAAUUCAUUUAUUUGUUCCGUUCUCCACAAGGAAAUAUACGAUUUCCACCACAGAUUUAAUUGAUGCUUUGCUGAGGUCUACAUACUAAAACAGGACUCUGUCUUCAUCUAUCCAUCCAUCGUCAACUGCUUAUCCUGCGUACAGGGUCACGGGGACUCUGUCUUGAUCUUUGUGAAAAAUUAUGACUUCUUAAGACCUUUGUCACAUAGCUGAAAAACAGAAUAUUUUUGUAACUUUUGUUUGAAAUUCAGUGAAUGAAGCUGAUUCUCAAACUAAA